AUGAAGUCAGCCUCCUUGCUCACAGCAUCCGUGCUGUUGGGCUGUGCCUCCGCCGAGGUUCACAAGCUCAAGCUUAACAAGGUGCCUUUGGAAGAGCAGCUUUACACGCAUAACAUCGACGCCCAUGUCCGCGCUUUGGGCCAGAAGUACAUGGGUAUCCGCCCGUCCAUCCACAAAGAGCUGGUCGAGGAGAACCCUAUCAAUGACAUGAGCCGUCAUGAUGUCCUGGUGGACAACUUUCUGAAUGCACAGUACUUCUCUGAGAUCGAGCUGGGUACUCCCCCCCAGAAGUUCAAGGUUGUCCUGGACACUGGUAGCUCGAACCUUUGGGUUCCUUCGAGCGAAUGCAGCUCUAUUGCCUGCUACCUCCACAACAAGUAUGACUCGUCUGCCUCGAGUACGUACCACAAGAACGGCAGUGAAUUCGCCAUCAAGUACGGCUCUGGCAGCCUUAGCGGAUUCAUCUCUCAGGACACCCUGAAGAUUGGCGACCUGAAGGUCAAAGGACAGGACUUCGCUGAGGCGACCAACGAGCCCGGUCUUGCCUUUGCCUUCGGCCGGUUCGAUGGCAUUCUCGGCUUGGGUUAUGACACCAUCUCCGUGAACAAGAUUGUUCCUCCCUUCUACAACAUGCUUGACCAGGGUCUUCUUGACGAGCCCGUCUUUGCCUUCUACCUUGGAGACACCAACAAGGAGGGUGACGAUUCCGUGGCAACUUUCGGUGGCGUCGACAAGGACCACUACACUGGCGAGCUGAUCAAGAUCCCCCUCCGUCGCAAGGCUUACUGGGAGGUUGACCUUGAUGCCAUUGCUCUUGGCGACGAUGUUGCUGAGUUGGAUAACACCGGUGUCAUCCUGGACACUGGUACUUCCCUGAUUGCUCUGCCUGCUGACUUGGCCGAGAUGAUCAAUGCUCAGAUCGGUGCUAAGAAGGGCUGGACCGGCCAGUACACCGUUGACUGCGACAAGCGCUCGUCCCUGCCCGAUGUUACCUUCACCCUUGCCGGCCACAACUUCACCAUCACCUCGUACGACUACACCUUGGAGGUGCAGGGCUCUUGCGUCAGUGCCUUCAUGGGCAUGGACUUCCCUGAGCCGGUUGGUCCUUUGGCCAUUUUGGGCGAUGCGUUCCUGCGCAAGUGGUACAGUGUGUAUGACCUUGGUAACAGCGCUGUUGGCCUGGCUAAGGCCAAGUAA